GACGAACCCCCCACCCCUCCCCUAGACACACCACCAGCGAAUGCUGGGUUUCACACAAGGCUUGCGCGGACUGCUCCUCGAUCCCCACUGAGGGGGCGUUGCUGCCAUGAAUCCCGCAAACUUCAACAACGUUGGCGGUGGCAUGCCCGGUGGAGCCAAACCGCAUGGUCAGAACCCAGGCCCCCCCAGGGUCGAAAAUGGCCAAACCGUCAUGAACUUCGUCGCCCAGGCCUUGCAGUCCCAAGGGAACUUUUCCGGAUGGCGCCAGGAGGUGCCCCUCCGCGACCGCGCCGUCAAAGUUUAUCAAAUGAUUACGUCCCUUCGCUUGAUCAAACCCCAGAUCGAUAUCGCCGGUGCGGCUCACGCAGCCUUGACAUUUGAACAGGGAGCGUUUUCUCGGGCCAGGGAAAAGGUCGAUUACGAUAAGGAGUGUAACGACAAGCUGGUCCAUAUCCGUGAUACUCGCGCCCGUCAAGCCGCCGUCUUCCAGAACGGCAUGAUGAACCAAGCGUCGCCCACCCCCGGCGCCCCCUCGGUCGGCCAAUUCCCCCAGCCGGCGAACCGCCAGAUGCAGGCCUCCCCGGUCGCCGGACCCCAACAGCCCAUGAUGGGCAUGAACGACCCCUUGCAAACCGCCGCUCGGCCGCACCGUCCACCGUCGCAACAACCACCACAAUCAGGCCCGCCCGCGCAAACACCGCAGGGCAUGCUCCUGCAACAGCAGCAGCAGCAACAGGCCCAACCUCAACCCCACCAGACACCCCAACCACAACAAACCGCGCAGCCCGCACAGCGCCCGCCCCAGCGACCCGGCGGCGCCAUCGCCUUGGCGGACGAUUUCAAUGCCUUGCCCGCGAAUGAAUUGGAUGCCGUCAACCGCCUCGCCAAGGAGAUCUUCCAUCGCACCGCCAAGGUGGACCUGGACAAGAUCAAGAUGAACUUGGCCAACAUGAACCCGACGCAGAAACAGUACCUCCACCAGCGGGGCAUGGACCCGCUCAGCUACUUCUUCCGCUGCCAGGCCCUUGCCCAAUUCCGCAAGAUGCGCCGCGGCCACAUGAACCGCAAUCCCAACGCUCCCGUCGAUCCCAACGCCGCUCUGAUGGGCGGCGACCCCAUGAUGAACCGCCAGAUGUUCCAGAACAUGAUGAACAACCAACGCAACCCGGCCUUCGCUGCCGCCGCCGCUGCCGCCGCGAACAACCCGCAGGGCCUGGACACCUCUUUCAUGGGCAAUGUCGAGAACAUCCAGGGCCAGCAGGCCGACGGCUUGCGCUCGCAGGAGGCCGGCCAACUCGUCGUCCCAGCCAGCUCGAACCAGGCUCCGUUCAACGCCGCCCAGAACAUGUUCCCGCCCGGUCAGUUUCCCCAGGGGACCCCGGGGGCCCCAGCCGCCAUGAAUAAUACCUCCAUGAGCCCACAGUUCCUCGCGCAGCAACAGCAGCAGCAACAACAACAACAACAGCAGCAGCAGCAGCAGCAGCAGCAGCAGCAGCAACAUAUCCAGAACGCCCCGCCGGUUCCGCCGGACCGCACGCCCCAGUCGACGGGUGCCUUUCCGGCGUCCGCCCCCGCACCGGCCCCGGCCCCGGCCCCGGCCCAAGCGUCCGCCCAGGCCCAGGCGCGCGCCCAAGCCGCGCAGAAAGCCCAGAUGGCCAUCUCCCAGGGCCAAGCGAACGCGCACGGGAUGCCGCAGAUGCCCCCCCAGGGGUCUCCGAUGUCUAUGCUAAACCGGCCCAUGGCGCCGGGCCAGAUGUCCCCGGCCCAGAUGGCGGCCCAGGUCCGCCCGCCGUCGCGUCCGCCCGGCAUGGGCUCACAACCUCCCACCGCACAGGCGUUGGGCGGCCCCCCCGGGAUGCAGGGCCGGCCGCAACUCGCGGGGCUCUCCGCGGCGGCGCAGGAGCAGCUCAACCAGAUGACCCCCGAGCAGUUUAACGCCUUCCUCAUCAGCCAGCAGCAACGACGGGCGCUGGCGAACAACCAGGCCCUGGCGCGGGCCAAUGCCGCGCAACACAUGGGCAUGCCACAGAACCUGUCGCAGCCCGGCGGCCCGGGCCAGCCGAUGAUCAACAACGGGCAGGUGGGGAACCCCCAGAAUAUGCGCACCGCGCUGGGUCUUCAGCCCCAAUUCCCCGGGAUGAACGCCCCCCAACCGCCCGGUCAGAUGAUGCCCGGACCCCAGGGCCCCCUGCCGCAACGCCACCCACAGCAACAGCAACCCCAACCGCAUCCGCACCCACACCCGCAGCAGCAACAACAACAGCAGCAGCAGCAGCAGCAGCAGCAGCAGCAACAACAACAACAACAACAUCAACAGCAACAGCAACAGCAGUUGCAGCAACGUCAACAGGAGCUGUACAAGUUUCAACUUCUUCGCUCGCAAAGCGGGGCCAUCGAGAUGUCGCCCGAUCAAGUGAAGGAAAUGGACCGCCUCCCCUUCCCGCCGUCGCUCCUGAACAGCAGCCAGAACCUGGCCGCCGCCGUCCCCAAGACCGUCAAGACCUGGGGCCAGUUGAAACAGUGGGCCACGCAGAACCCACAGAUCCUCGGGGCGCUAGAGAUGCAGAAGUUGAUAGGCUUUCAGAAGAUGCACCUUGCCCAGAUGUUGUCGCAGGGCAAGGACCGGAAUCCCGAGCAGGGGGUUCCGGGUCCCUGGAUGGGGAUGGGGCCCCAGGGCCAGCCAGCCCCGCAGUUCGCCAACCAACCGCCGCAAGCGUUCCCCGCCGGCCCGCAACAGCAAGCGCCCAUGAACAUGCCCGCUAUGCGACCGAUCACGGCCGCCGAUAUCCAGAUCGCGCGCCACCGCUUGGGCCCGCGCGCGCAGGCGCUCAGCGACGAGCAGCUCCGGGGUAUCUUGCAGCAGAAUCGACAGAAGCAGUUCCUGCAGAUGGCGCAAGAUCGGGCUGCCCUCGCCAAGCAACAACAAACACCUCAUGGCCAACCGUCCCUCCCACAACAACAACCACCACCGCCACCACAGCCACCGCAGCAGCCACAGCCGUCCCCCGUCCCCGCGGCCGUCAAUGCGGUCCCCGUCAAGGCAGAGCCGUCGACGCCGGCCUCCGUCCCGCAGCCACAUCCUCAGGCCAAGCCGCAACCCGUCGCCGCCGCCAAGGGUGCCAAGGGCGCCGGCCCCGGCGCGAAGGUUGGAUCCAAGCGCAAGUCGCCGCCCGACGAGCCCGCCGACGGACCGAAACCCAGUCAACCCGCUGUCACCCCGACCACGGCCGCCCCCGUGCCGAGCAAGCUCGGCUUGUCCCUCACCCGCGAGCAGCUGGCUGCGAUGAACCCCGCGCAACGCGCGCAGCUGGAUGGCCAACUCCGGCGGCAGGCGGGCCGGUCGCCCAUCCCUCGGUCCGUCGCCGAGGAGUCGUGGAACAACAUUCCCGACAAGGCCAAACAGCUGUACAAUGAAAUGCUGAACCAGCCGCAUCCAACCGAACCCGUCGCCCUGACCCCGGCCGACAAGAACAAGAUGGCCCAGACCCUCCGCGAGUCGACGGACUUGCUGGCCCGCAUGGACACGCUGGUGGUCUGGUUUUCCAAGCUUCCGCCGUCGCAGGGUAACAACCUGAAGACUCUCCUCCAAAUGAGGAUGCAACUCAUGCGGCAGUUCAAGCCCGGAGACGACUGGACGUUGAACGAUCACUUCACGAUCCCCCCCAACUACUUAGAGCAAGCUAUCGCCUACACCCGCAAGUUCUUUUCGGUCAUGCUAUCCCGCAUGAAUCAACAUCAGAACCAGGUCGCCGGUCAACGACCUGGGGCGCCGUCCGGCGCACCCACGACCCAGCCGACCCCGCAGAACACCAUGCCCGCUCUGAAUGCCAGCAACCUGCAGCAGUUACAGCAGCAGGAAGAGGCGCUCCAACGGGCCCGCCGCGCCUCGAGCCAGACCGCCGUGGCCGUCAACACCGUUGUGCCGCCCGCUCCGUUUGGCGCGCCGUCGCCUCAGGGGGUGCCACACGCGUAUGGCCCGGCAAGCAACCCCCCACAGGAACUGAAACUGCCCCUGCAAAAGAAACGCAAGCAGACACACGCGGCCGGGACGGUACCCCCGGCGGCCGCCGCCAAGACCCACGCGUCGAAACCGGGGGCGGGCGAUGCGACCCUGAUCGGUGCCUUCCGAUGUGAGGUGGCAGAGUGUCCGCAUCAUUCCCAAGGCUUCCCCACCCAACACGCCCUGGACCACCACGUCGCGGAGAGCCAUCCAGUGGAAGGACCAAUUGGUGAUCCGUUGGAAUUCGCCCUGGAGAGUUUCCGUAUCGGCCUGCUGAAAGAGGACAAGGGGGAGGGCGCGGAGGCCAAGGUCCCAAUGGACACCCCGCAGUUGUCAUCCAAACAGGAGGCGAUCACCCCGGCGACUUUGGGCGCCACCCCGAUGGGACGGCCCCCCAGUCAGUUUGGCGCCAAGGGCACCUCCCCAGCGUCCAGCCAGCAGCCGACCCCUCGCGGACCUGCCGCCAAGGGCCUUGCGGCGGCCACUGCCAAGGCGGCGGCCAGCAAGGAUGGCAAGAAAGAGCCCGGCAAGUCGCCUGACCCGACGCCGGCGACGGAUCCGUGGGCGACCAGCGCCAUUUCCUUGGAGGCCAUCCAGGACGCCUUUAUGGACCUUCGGGACGACGGGGGCUUGGGCCUCGGACCCAUGGAGGAGUUCCUCAACGCCGACAUGUUUGCCCCGCCGCACUCCAAGGACACACCCGAUUCGGUGGAGACGGGGGUGGUCACACAGACGCCCAAGGACACGGAGCUUCCUAAGACGGAGGAUCUGACGGGCAAGAUGGUCGACGCCGGGGAAGACCAGUGGAUGGACUGGCCCCUUGGCCCGGGCAUGCUUGACGACGAGAUGUUCGUGACCCAGUCGUGGGACGAGAUUGACUGGGACAUGAUGGAUCGUCAGAAUGGUGGCCUGGGCAUGGACGAUGGCCGGAUUGCCAUCCGGACGUUAUAGUCCGGAUGGUGAUGGGGGGACUUGAAAGUCUCGACCUGACGGAACCGUGUUCUGGAGCGUAUCCACCACACAUGUUACGUGACUGAUGUAAAAUAGACGCUGGCCGACCAUUCCCCAACCCUCGCUCUGUCUUGUCCGAUAUUGAUCGUUGAUGCUGCCGGGGGCAGUUCCUUCAUUCCUCAUCUAUUUUCUUUACUCGUUCGCUUUCUACUGCGUUUGAUGAUAUAUCCCGUGUUGUUUCUGGAUUGAUUGAUUGAUUGGGAACCCAUUUGCUGUUGAUUUAGCCACGGCGUUGCUAGGAGCAAACAAAAGGGCUACGAGUCGGAUGGCGGGAUAUUCAGACCGGCCUUUAUCUUGUUGUCCUCCGAUUCUGACAGGGGCGGAGGACUGUUUACCUUAGUUCAUAUUCUGAUGAAUAGCUAAAGCAUAAUCUUUUACUAUC